GCGCGGUCGCCCUCCCUCUCCUUUGCAGUCCUGAGCUCGCAGUCCCAGGUUUUGGUUGCUGCGUCCUUGGCUGGCGUGAGGCCAAAGCAAAAAUGAGGAGUGGGAAGGCCUCUUGUGCACUGGAGACCGUCUGGGAGGACAGGCACAAGUAUGAGGGAGCCGAGCGGCGCUUCCACGAACAGGAGGCCACACAAGCCGCCACCGCCGCUGCUGCCUCCGCCUCUGUCCAGCAGCUCCUGGACGAAGUGCCAACUGUGAACGGGCCCAGCCAGGAGGACACAGAGGACGCUGACGAGGCAGAGGCCCCAAACACCAGCAGCAGGAGUGAUCCCAGGAAGAGCCACGAGUGCAAGAAGCCGAUACAGAAAAAGAGGAAGCGCUCCCCGAAAAGUUGGCUGGGCCAGGCGGACCUGGCCCUCGUGGGCCUCUCCGCUGACCACGUAUGGUUAGACAAGCCACUCUUCGACCAGGCAGAAAGCUCCUACCGCCAGAGGCUGGCAGAUGUAGCUGCCCAGGCAGCCCAGCCGCCUGCUCUGGCCCCUCGGGGGCCCUGUACACAUGGAAGCCAUGUGGCAUGCCACCAUGUGACCUGGGGGAUCUGGGUCAACAAGUCUUGCUUUGAUCAAGCCGAGCGGGCUUUUGUGGAGUGGUCUCAGUCCUUGCUGCUGGCUGCAGAGGGGAGCCAUAGGCAGGGGACUCCUGACACAGGCCAGCAGGCUGUCACUCCUGACCUGGCCUUGGCCUGCCAGCCUUGCCCACCAGCCAAUGGCCAGCCUCCUCUGGGCAGCCUGCAGGCACUGGUGCGGGAGGUAUGGCUGGAGAAGCCCCGGUACGAUGCUGCUGAGAGGGGCUUCUAUGAGGCCCUGUUUGAUGGUCAUCCCCCAGGGAAAGUGCGCCUGCAGGAGAGAGCCAGUCAGGCAGAGGGUACCCGGAGGGGCCGCAGAGACCAUCGGAGCCGCAAUAACGUAGGAAACAAGCGAGCUGGGUCAAGACGGGCCGACGGGGAGGCUCCUCCUGCUUUUCCUUACUGGUACUUCCUACACAAGGACGCAGAGGCCCCCUGGCUCAGCAAGCCUACCUACGACAGUGCUGAGUGCCGCCACCAUGCCGCUGAGGCCCUGCGCAUAGCCUGGCGCCUAGAAGCUGCCUCCCUGGCUCACCGACCCACACCCCGUUCUGGCCCAUCCAUGUCCAGCCUGAGACCCAACAGAAAAAUGGCUACAAACUUUCUAGCGCACGAGAAGAUCUGGUUUGACAAGUUUAAAUAUGACGAUGCAGAAAGGAGAUUCUACGAGCAGAUGAACGGGCCUGUGACCUCCGGCUCCCGCCAGGAGAAUGGUGCCAGCGUGAUCCUCCGAGACAUUGCAAGAGCCAGAGAGAACAUCCAGAAAUCCUUGGCUGGACUCAAGGUGAUGCUGCCCAACUCCCCUGAGGCCCUGGGCCAGGCCACCCCUGGGACUAGCUCAGGCCCUGGAGCCUCCAGUGGACCUGGUGGAGACCACAGUGAGCUCAUUGUGAGGAUUACCAGUCUGGAAGUGGAGAACCAGAACCUUCGAGGCGUGGUGCAAGAUUUGCAGCAGGCCAUUUCCAAGUUGGAGGCCCGGCUGAGCUCUCUGGAGAAGAGUUCACCUACUCCCCGAGCCACGGCCCCACAGACCCAACAUGUCUCUCCUAUGCGUCAAGUGGAGCCCCCAACCAAGAAAGGAGCCACACCAGCAGAGGACGAUGAGGACAAUGACAUUGACCUGUUCGGCAGUGACGAGGAGGAAGAAGAUAAGGAGGCUGCCCGACUACGAGAGGAGAGGCUACGCCAGUAUGCAGAGAAGAAGGCCAAGAAGCCCACACUGGUGGCCAAAUCCUCCAUCCUUUUGGAUGUUAAACCUUGGGAUGAUGAGACUGACAUGGCCCAGCUAGAGACUUGUGUGCGUUCCAUCCAAUUGGACGGGCUGGUUUGGGGGGCCUCCAAGCUCGUGCCUGUUGGCUAUGGUAUCCGGAAGCUGCAGAUCCAGUGUGUGGUGGAGGAUGACAAAGUGGGCACCGACUUGCUCGAGGAGGAGAUCACCAAGUUUGAGGAGCAUGUGCAGAGUGUCGACAUCGCAGCUUUCAACAAGAUCUGAAUGCCCGAGAGUGUGUGGUUUCAUGUGUGUGAGGACCUGCUGAGAUUAAAGACUGAGACUCUGCA